AUGUCUCCUGGUUUUGUAAGAGGCGGUAUUGGCUUGGUCUUUAUCACUCAAUCUGGGGAACAGAAGCUAUCUGGUUUUGAGGUCUUGAGUAGUCCGAAAGUCCCUCAACCAAUCCUCUACACUCUUGGCGGAUUGUUUCCAGAAUCCGCCAGGUAUGCCAGUCCUGAGCAGUUAUAUCUAUUAAACAAGACGCUAUUCAAAAAUCUCCUGCCAAGUGUCGAUAGGAAGUUGAAGGCCAAAGCGUUUUGGGAAAUAGGAUUUGGGAGCGGCGAGGGCAGGGGCGGGGUUGCUGGUGCGUUCUUCAGGGAGAAUCGGCUGAUCAAGGUGUGCAACAGUCUUGAAGGCUUCUUGAUGGCCAGUCAGGGCGAACGGGCUUCGCUGGUCAAAUCUAUCAAAGACUAA